AUGACGAUAACAUAUGGAACCCGUCUCAAAGACAAAGUGUGUAUCGUAACAGGCUCCUCUUCAGGGUUUGGCCGUGCGAUAGCACUUGGUUACUCCCUCGAAGGAGCCUUGAUUGUCUGUGCAGAUCUACAACAAGGUGCACGCGCAGACGUGAACGGUGAAGAGGCGAUCAGUACCCAUGAACUCAUCAAACAGAAAGGUGGCGAAGCCAUUUUUGUGCAAACAGAUGUUAGUAAAAAUGAUGCUGUGGAAAAUCUUGUCAACAGAGCAGUGACCGAGUUUGGCCGAGUGGAUGUAGUGGUCAACAACGCGGGUAUCUCGAUCGAGUCAGGGAAACCGUCACGCAGAAUCCACGACACCCCAGAGGAGUGGUGGGAUACAACCAUGGCUGUUAACCUCAAGUCUAUCUUCUUACUCAGCAAGCAUUCCAUUGCCCAGAUGCUUAAACAAGACAAGAAUGAGGCUGGCGACCGCGGUUGGAUCAUCAACAUCGCGUCCAUCUUUGGACUAGUCGGAGGAUACGCCCUUCCUUCAUAUGUUGCGUCCAAGGGAGGAGCCCAAAACCUGACUCGCUCUAUCGCUCUGGACUACGCAAAAGACGGCAUUCACUGCAACGCCAUCUGCCCUGGCUUCGCAGAGACGGCCCUUCUUGCCGACGCUGUCAAGAUACACGAUAAGGAAGUCAUUCGCUCAAAGCACCCACUGCAUGGACUAGGUACAGCACAGGACAUUGUGGGUGCAGCCAUAUUCCUUGCGAGUGCCGAGGCGAGAUGGAUCACGGGGAACGUGGUCAAGAGUCUCAUCUGGUGGUAG